AUGAGUUCAGAUGAAGUACCUGGGAAUGAGAAUGGCGACGAUAAACCGCCUGUUCCUACUACUCCUAUUACAACAAUUGAAUAUAAUCGAACAGUAUCACAAAAUUUACGUCAUUUGGACGAUGCUCUUACACAUGCUAUUGAUCAAUUAACUAUAUUUAAUAGUGAAACCAUGUCUGAUUUAUCGCUCAAAUACGAAUUAAUACGUAAUAAUGAAAGUCGUGUGAUCGGUUUUUUUGCUCGUCAAUUAAUGGUAUUACAAGUAGAGAAAGCAAAUACUCAAAAUGAUGGAUUUCAUAGUGAAUAUCCUAAACUUGAUCGAUUUUUAUCUGUUAUGAAUAUUAAUAAAGCAUCAAUUGAAUAUAUUGUACAACGUACAACAUUUGAUGAUUUAUUAAAUGGAAAAGCUACUGCACGUGAAAAACUUUUAUAUGAUGCUGAAACAACAGAAGCCGAACGAAAAGAUUUUCGUAAUGCUUUUAGUGCAUUAAAAGAUUGUCUUGAUUAUUUUGCUCAUGGUGGUACAAAUGAUAAUGGACGUUUUUAUUGGCAUAUUGAAACACCAUCUCCUACAAUGACUACUCCUCAUUCCGUUCGUCAACAUCGUUUGUCAGAUACAGUUCUUUCAGUACCAUCAGUUAGUACAGAUUCAGUAAGAUCAACAUCUGUAUCUUCAUCACUUUCAACUGAAUUUGGUGCUGUAACAAAUAACAACAAUAUAACAGCAACAAUAUCAUCACCAAGUCCUCGACGGAAUAAUUCAAUUCAUACACCACCACCAUCUCGUUCUAAUCAUUUAUGUGUUAAUGAUAAAAGAAAAUGUGGACAUCCAAGUAAAAAAAGUCUUGUUGAUCCAUCAGUAUUUGCUAACAUUAAUCCACAACGUAAUAUAGAUCUACAAUUACCAGAUGGUAACACAAUAUCUCGACGAAGUUCUUAUGGUUCAGAUACAGAGAGUCGACUAGCAUCGGGUACCGCAACACCGAAAUCUCCAACCAUUCGUUCGCCGACUAUGUCAGGUUCGCCAAUGGGUUCAGUAUAUAAUAGUGAUGGUGAAAAUGAUCCAAAAUCUCCAGAAACUCCGAUGCAUAUUACUCAAUCUCCUAUUCUCCGACAUCGAAUGGCACAUAAAAUUCAACACAAGUGGAGUAGUCUAAUGAAACUAUCGACGUGUAAUGUAUGUUCAAAAAAGAUCUUCUUUCUCGGUACCAAAUGCAAUGUUUGCAAGUAAGAUAUAUAUGAAAAUUAUUAGUACAAAUACAUAUCCUAAGACUUCGUAUAUAUUAUAUUUUUCUCUGCUUUGCGCAUUUCUUGUUUAAAAAUAAUUAGAGAAGGAGAAAAAAUCAAGUUCAUUUAUAUAUUAUUCUUCUAGGUUUGAUAGAACACGUGUAUUCAAAUUUUCCUUUUGUGAUGUCUGUAGGAGACAGGUAUUUCGAGGAAAAUCUUGUCUUCAUUGCAAGUAAGAUGCUAAAAAUGCAACUUGCAACCACACAAAAAAAAGAAUUUAGCAUGAUGUUAGAAACGCAUGAUUGAUCCCUUGACUAAAGAUAAUUGCCCGUGUUUAUUACAUUGAAAUUUUAAAUUAACAUAUAUAAAUAUUUAUUAUUUUUU